AAUUACUUUUCCUUUAUCUCUCAUCAUCAACAGUGUCAACUUAGGGUUUCUGGACUGUUAGAAAAUAAUUCGAUCGAAGAGGAGAACACGGCUGGGGCUUUCCGUCCUGAGGCUAGGAAUUUUUGGAGAUAUGCAACUCACUCUCGAGUUCGGUGGUGGACUUGAGCUUCUUUGUCAGUCAGUUAAGAUACAUAAUGUUGAUGCUGAUAUGUCAGCUGGUGAAGAGAAGAUUACAAUGAGAAACUUGCUGUCUUGGGUUCGUACCAAUUUGAUCAAGGAGAGGCCUGAAAUGUUCAUGAAAGGAGAUACCGUGAGACCUGGUGUUCUAGUCCUCAUUAAUGAUUGCGAUUGGGAGUUAAGUGGUCAGCUUGAUACACCCUUAGAGGAGAAGGAUGUGGUGGUUUUUAUUUCGACAUUGCAUGGAGGAUGAUAUCUUUAUCCUUUAAGGAUGUAGUCUCUUGCUAAUUAUGCUACUACUGUUUGAUAACAACCUCCUCCCC